AUGUCUGAAGUUAUUGGCAGGACUCUGGUUCCACCUGAGACAAAAGAAGCACAUGUAGAGGUCGCCAAUCUCUCUUCUGAACCACGAGAGGCGCCAGAUGGUGCGCUGAUGGAUACCUGUGAGGUGGUGCAACGUGAAGACUGUAUGAGUGUCGUACCCAGGGAUCCAUGGGAAGGUGACAUGGAAGUUCCUUCUCACCAGCAGGAUUCAUGGCAGAGGAGCAUUACUGGUCUAUUGGAGGAGCAAGCCAGAGAGGUGGGACAAUUACUAUCACGGUAUGCAGACGUCUUCUCUAAAAGGGACCAUGACCUGUGUUGCACAGUCCUCGGUAAACACCACAUCAACACAGGAGACGCCAGACCCAUCAAAACGCCACCUAGGAGGAUUGCAGCGGCUCGGAGGAUUGAGAUGGAAAAGGAAGUGGAGGAGUUGAAGGGUCAGGGAGUGAUUGAAAAGUCAUCAAGCCCGUGGUCUUCAGCAGUCGUUCUGGUGCGGAAAAAGAAUGGAACGCUAUGA